GCAGCCGCGCCUCGGCCGCCUCCCCCGGCCGCCCGCCGUGCCCGGGCGCUGCCGCCAUGCCCCAGCCGGCCCCGCAGCCGCGCCCCGCAGCCGCCGCCGGCGCACCAUGAAGCGGCAGAACGUGCGGACGCUGGCGCUCAUCCUGUGCACCUUCACCUACCUGCUGGUGGGCGCCGCCGUGUUCGACGCGCUCGAGUCCGAGGCGGAGACGGCGGAGAAGCGGCGGCUGGAGGCCAAGAGCCAGGAGCUCAAGAGAAAGUACAACCUGAGCGCCGAGAGCUACCGCGAGCUCGAGCGGGUCGUGCUCAAGCUCAAGCCGCACAAGGCCGGCGUCCAGUGGAAAUUCGCCGGCUCCUUCUACUUCGCCAUCACCGUCAUCACCACCAUAGGCUACGGGCACGCAGCGCCCAGCACGGACGGCGGGAAGGUUUUCUGCAUGCUCUACGCGCUGCUGGGCAUCCCGCUGACGCUGGUGAUGUUCCAGAGCCUGGGCGAGCGCAUCAACACCCUGGUGCGCUCGCUGCUGCGCCGCCUCAAGCGGCGGCUGGGCAUGCGGCGGCCGGAGGUGUCGAUGGCCAACAUGGUGACCAUCGGCUUCUUCUCGUGCGUCAGCACCCUCUGCAUCGGCGCCGCCGCCUUCUCGCACUACGAGAACUGGAGCUUCUUCCAGGCCUACUACUACUGCUUCAUCACGCUGACCACCAUCGGCUUCGGCGACUACGUGGCGCUGCAGAAGGACCAGGCGCUGCAGACUCAGCCGCAGUACGUGGCCUUCAGCUUCGUCUACAUCCUGGCGGGGCUGACGGUCAUCGGCGCCUUCCUCAACCUGGUGGUGCUGCGCUUCAUGACCAUGAACGCCGAGGACGAGCGGCGCGACGCGGAGCAGCGGGCGCUGCUCAGCCGGGCGGCCCCGCCGGGAGCCGCGCCCGGAGCCGCCCCCGAGGCGGCCGCGGUGGCCCCGGCCGAGAGCGGCUUCAGGAACGUGUACGCCGAGGUGCUGCACUUCCAGUCGGUGUGCUCGUGCCUGUGGUACAAGAGCCGCGAGAAGCUGCAGUAUUCCAUCCCCAUGAUCAUCCCCAGGGAUUUGUCCAGCUCGGACACGGGCGUGGGGCGCAGCCACUCGUCGCCCGCCCGCUGCCCCGAGACCCCGCAGCACCGCUGCUUCUGCCGGCCCCGGCGCUCCGCCGUCAGCUCCGUGUCCACCGGGCUCCAGAGCCUGGCGGCCUUCCCGGGGUUCGCCAAGCGCCGCAGCUCCGUGUAGCCCCUUCUCCCCCCUCCCCGCGCACAGCCCGGAUCCCUCCCAGACUCCGGAUUUUUAAUUUCGAACCUCUUGGUUUAACGGGUUUUAAUUUCACCGAAACAAAACAAAACAAAACCAAAAAAAAACCACUCCUUGAAAAUGUGAAGCUCAGGAGAGCCUCGGAAUCCGGCGGGAUCGGGGGGCAGCCUGUCCUGCCCUCUCCACGCUCCGCAUCCUCGGGAAUUCCCCUGGAAGCGCAGGGGGGCCGCGGAAAUCAGGCUAAGAGGGGCUUAGCCGGAGCUUUUCCACAUCAGCCUGCCGGAAAAGCAGCCGGGAGUCACGUAGGCUGCUCCAAACCCCGCGACCUGGGGCUGUCUUAACCCUUUGCGGGGGAAUUCUGGAUUCGGGAUUCAGCGGGAAUCAUCCCUGAGAGGCGCGG